AUGGCGACUGCAACGCGUGUCGAAGAACUUGCCGUCCUGUUUUCUGAUCUCCGCGAAAAAUCAUUGAAAAGCGGUGAAAAUGUGGAUAACAUUCGAACAGAAUUUCUACGGCAGGUCGGAACUGGUCGUGCACAAUCGAGUUGUUUUAACAAGAAAAGCUUGAAAUGGUUCGUGAUUGUUGUUCUACCUGUUGUUUUGGCUUUUGCUGGUUACUACUUCGACGUGAUCGAGCUGCUGCAUGUUAGAGAAGAACCGUGUCUUUUGAACGUCAAUGAAAUUUUCAUCGAGGUCACAAGAAAACGAACAAACUGCACUCUGUUGUGCGAAGGUUUGACCGAAAUUCCUCGGGUUUCUGGCUUAUCAAAGCAAGAUUUCGCUGCAAACUAUGCCUACACCGGAAGACCCGUCGUAGUCGUCGACGGUGCGAAAAAUUGGUCAGCCAUUGAUCGCUUUAACUUUACGUUCUUUAAAGAACUCUUCGACAAGAACAAAGACGCGUAUCGAGUGAACGAGGAGGAGUGUCAGUUCUUUCCCUACAGAACUGAUUUUUUUUCUCUUGAACAGGCCAUGAAUAUGUCGAAAGAAAGGUCAGAGUGGAAAGCAGAACCAUGGUAUUUCGGAUGGUGAGUUUUGAAAUUAAAAUGUAAGAAAAUAACAUCGAACAAUACGAUUGAAGUUGAAAGCAGCCGAGUAUAUUGAUGUUAGAAUAGCCAUUUGAUUUUUCAAAUUAGAUAUUUAACCCGGGCAGCUGGUACGUGACUAUGGUGACAUAUUUUGUUUCAAUUCAAAAUUAACCGUGUUCUUUGACAAAUCAAACAAAAAUUUUAAAGUCAGAUUUUCAGUGCUCUUUGAUCUCUCAGUGAGUAUAGUUUGAACACCUGUCGAAUGGUUAAGUAAAAUUUCUUGCUGUAUUUAGGCAGCUGUCGUUUUAAAAGGUUUAUACUCAUUUCCAUGUAAAAAAAAAAACUACUAAUGGUGAACUAAAUUGAUGUGAAGUAACACUACUUUAAUUUUUAAAGUUUUUUGUGUACUUUUCGUUUUUCCAUUAAGGUAGAUUUCAUCGUUAAUUUUUUUUUCUUAAUGCAACACAGGAUAUAAACCCAAUUACUGAUGGACUCGUUUUUAACAGCCUUCAUUAAGUCAGAGAAAUUAGCUUCCUGUUCAUUGAUUCGUGUCUUAUUUUCUUCGGAAUUGUAAUGGACUGUAGCACAUCUGACUGUCUAAUUUGUCCUUUCUCUCUGCUAUACGUUUUCUUGGUGUGAUAUCAUUAGUAUGUUUAGGUAAGUCUUAGAAUUUGAUGUUAUAUCAAAACAGUAUCCAUUACUUCACAAAGAACUGUUUUUCUUUACUAUAAUCACAAUAAGGCUAUUUGGAAGUGAAUUUGCCUGAGGAGUUACCUUUUGCUAAAAUUUGAACUCCAAGCAUUGUAGACUUGAUCUAGUCGUUUCUUUCAUUUGAAAGGAAUUGGCUCGGCACUUUAUCAACUUAGCAUACAAGUUUUGUUUGUCUUGGAGGACAAUAAAGAAUAAAAUUGAAAAAUUUUAAUUUAACUUUUAAGCACCAUAUGGUUUGCUACCUAGCCCUUUAAAACAACAUUUCAUUUUGAAACUCAAAAAGAACAUUUUGUUCAUCAGAUUUACAGCAUGAAUAUUUGAAAGUUGCAGUUUUCAUGAUUACCUGCUAGCAAUACAAAAAAAAUCAUGUGUUCUGAUCAGCUACCCAAGCAGGCAAGAUGGGCCAAUCUUUCCCACAAGGGAUUGCCUGCUGUGAGUUACUAAAGUGGAAUUUGUCUGAGAGUGUAUGAUAUUGAUAAAUUUUCAAGUGAAUAGGUCUUGUUGAUUCAGUAUUUCCCAAAAGUUGACAGAGGGCUCUUUUUACUGGCUUGGAUUUUGCUCCCCUCCAGUUUGUCCUGUCACAGAAACUUUGAACCUUAUCAGCAGUAUGUCUUUGGUUUUCAGGAGCAACUGUGACCCUGUAAUCAGACAAGAAUUGCGCACUCAUUAUCAAUUACCAUAUUUCUUGCCAAAACAAUCAGAAACCAGUGAACAGGACUGGAUUUUCAUGGGAGGGCCAGGACCUGGGGCUCAGAUACAUGUGAGUUUAUUCUUAUCCUUGGUUACCUGUAUUUGUUCUAAUGUGCAACUCUGAUUAUGUUUCUUACUUUAAAAAUAAACUUCAUGAUGAUUUUUACACUCACUGUCAAUGUUUAUACAUAAUUUGUAAAAAGUUUAAAUUUUAGUAGUGUUUAGGUCACUAAUAGUUGCCGUAUACUUUAUGGUAUACUUAAUCAGGGUAGGAACCAUUCAUCCAUUCUUCGUAAGGUGGCAUUACCAUUAACAAUAGUGACUUUUCUGAAGUGUCAAAUUUUAGAAGGAGGUGUUACCACAGAUACUGUGGAGCCUCUGCAAAAACUUCCCUAGUAUUAAAUUCCAUUAUUUAUGGCUUCAAAUAAACUCGUCUCUUUAUUACUGAGGUGCUUUAGCUUUGAAAAUUUAUUCAGCCUGGUUUAUUGACCAUAAUGUUAACACUUUCUGUUUUGAAGAUUGAUAGCGUGGAUCGUCCAUCAUGGCAAGCUCAGCUGUCAGGACAAAAGAUAUGGACUCUCAUCCCUCCACCAGAGUGUGAACAUGUCUGUACUCCCAAAUUAGCCACCACGAUGAAUAAAGGAGAAGUCAGUAAGUAACAGAGUCUUGUGUUUUUUUUCUGUCCAGGAGGAAACAGCAAAUGACCACAAAGAUAAUAUGAAGGUGGAAACAAAGCAUGAAAUCUGAUACCACCUCUACAAAUACUUUACUUUGAUCACUCUUCUAGUUUGUGCAUUUACUGGACUUUUUAUACAAUUAUGGCAUGGCUUAGAUGAUACCACAUGUGUGAGAUCACUUGGGGUGGCUAUAUUGCCUUACCUCCAUCCUAGCAUCAGUACUGCACUGAUGAGGCCCAGAAGGCCGAAACAGUACUGUCUGCAGUUAGUUAUAUAUAUAUAUAUAUAUAUAUAUACAUAUAUAUAUAUAUAUAUAUAUUUAUAGUUUGCAAGUUUGUUGGUACAAAAUUUAUUUAUUAUUUGGUCUUGUCAAACUGAUUUUUUCCAGCAUGUGCUUAUUGUACACCAGUUUUAUGAUAUAUUAAAUGUUACCCUCCUUUUUGACUCUUAUACGGUUGUACACUGAGAGAAAAUUCAAGUAUUUGAAACCUGCAACCCCACAAAAAACAACCCAUCAACAAUCUGAGAAAAUUUAAUGUUGGUAACGUAAUUAAAACUAGUAAUUCUGUUACAUUUUAACACUGAAAAACCCCACUCCAAACAACAAUUUUCCCAUUGAUGAUAUUGAAUAUUCAUGGGGUUCACUUUUUCAAAAUCUAAAAAUCAAUUUUAAAGUAUACAAAAUAUCCUGUUUUAAUUUGCAGUCAUUGUGGACACAAACCAGUGGUAUCAUUCAACAAAGGUUUUGCCCGGAGAGCUCAGCAUUACUAUUGGUGCAGAAUAUGAUUAAAAGGAUUUCCCUUACCAAUGUGGAUAUUUUUUUCUGAAAACUGUGACUUUUUUUUUUUAACAAAACUGUAUUUUUCAGUAAAGUUUUUUUAGGAACUUGUAAGAUCCAAUUGUUUACAUUGUAAAAUGAAUUGACUAAUAUUAAUGCAUCAUAGUGUAUUGCAAAGGAGAUAAGUAGUUAAUUAUGUAUUAUACAAAAUAAACAAAUAUGAGCAAGAUAUAAUAAAAUGAUUAAAUUGAUAUUAGAGUAAAUAUGUUUAAAAAAUAAUGCAUGUUAAAUUGACAUUAAUUAUUAGACAAGUUGCUCAGAACUUGUGUAAAGAAUACACAAGAUUUAGCUUAAAUGUAGUUGGCUUUUACUCAUGUACUUAACUUUAGAUGCUAUUUAACAAGGUUUUAUUUAAUUGCUUUGCAUCCAGUUUGACAUCCAACUGCCAGCAGCUGCAAUGAUAUGUGUAUCAGUUAUCAGCUUGGAGACCCAGAUAUUGUAAGUUCCAGUUUCAGAAGGGUUUCACUUUAACCAUUACUAUACUGAAGUCUUCCAGUGCUAGUAGUUUGUUCCUGAAACAACAAGUAUAAUCCUAGGUUAUGACUGCUACUACUGACAAAAGAAAAAGUUUCUAGCCUAAAAAAAAAAUGUAAUGGAGAUGAUAGGGGCUUGAACCCAAAUCUUACCCUUCAUAAUAACCACUUUGCCACAUGCCCCUCUCACAACCAUAAGUAGAGCAGCCAUGACACUUGUUUUGUUGUGACAUUAAAAGAGUUUUGUAGUCAUUAAAAAAUGACUGACAAAAAAUUUUAUGAUGUAGAAUAGCAAGGUAUAGGCUAUCUAACUAGGGACUAUGUAGGAGAUGAACCCAGCCUCCUUCAGCGAGGUCUCUUGAAAGUAGAGCAGUCCAACCCAAUUGAGUUGGAGAGAAAUAUUUUUUUGACAUUAAAAUAAUAAAAAGUUGGUAGGAGUAUUUAAUAUACCAUUAGGGCUUCGGUUGAUUAAAGGAGAAAAUAAAAAGAGGAAGUAAUUUGAAAUUAAUCAUGUGAUAGCUAUUUAUGAUAAUUGUGUUACCUUUACAAGAUCUAAAAAAUAAAAUGUGGGUCCUAUGAUAUUGGAGCAAAUUUCUUAGUUUUGUAGAAAAGGCAACCUUCGUGAUAACAUGCCAGACCUUUCGAGGUUACCUACCUAACCUUGUGGCUACAGAGGAUGAUGCUUCACAACCACUCAACCUCAAAAGCUUUUUCAGAAUUGUCUUUGUGAAAUUUGUUUUUUUUUUUAAUUGCACUCUCUGCUUCUCAGAUUUUUAUUCUAGAGGGUGACUGCCUUGAAAAUUCCUACAUCUACAA